UUGAUGCUGCUACUCUCAAGACAAGCGGCGUUGAGAUUUCAGCGACAGUUAGAGACCAAAAGAUGAGUAGAUCCUGCUGAAAAACAUGCUGUCCUUAGACCACACGAUUUUUCUGUUUGCUGGGGUCAAAUCCAAGUGAAGUCUAGCAAAAGCAUCGUUGGAAUCCAGAGUUAAAAGACGGAUUGUACUACAAUAAGCGCGAGCGAUCAGCGAGUCGAGAUUUGAACGCGCUGCUGUAGGAGAUCAGCCGACGGCUGCCUGAGAUCUAUUCAACAACAUUUCUUUGUUUCUCUGUAAUUCCGUUUUUCUUUCGUCUUUAAUAUGGCGAGCGAUUCUCCGGCUCGGAGUCUGGAUGAAAUAGACCUCUCCGCGUUAAGGGACCCUGCAGGAAUAUUUGAGCUGGUGGAGCUGGUUGGGAAUGGCACAUAUGGUCAGGUGUACAAGGGCCGACAUGUCAAAACGGGUCAACUGGCUGCCAUCAAGUGCAUGGAUGUCACAGGGGAGGAAGAGGAGGAGAUCAAAGCUGAGAUCAACAUGCUGAAGAAAUACUCUCACCACAGGAACAUCGCCACCUACUAUGGUGCUUUCAUUAAAAAGAACCCUCCCGGUGUGGACGACCAGCUGUGGCUGGUGAUGGAGUUCUGUGGCGCAGGCUCAGUGACCGAUCUGAUCAAGAACACCAAGGGCAACUCACUGAGGGAGGACUGGACUGCCUACAUCAGCAGAGAGAUCCUCAGGGGCCUCACUCAUCUCCACCAUCACAAAGUCAUCCACAGAGACAUCAAAGGCCAGAAUGUGCUGCUAACAGAGAACGCGGAGGUCAAACUAGUGGACUUUGGUGUGAGUGCACAGCUAGAUCGCACCGUGAGCCGGAGGAACACUUUCAUUGGCACUCCUUACUGGAUGGCACCAGAGGUCAUCGCAUGUGAUGAGAAUCCAGAUGCCACAUAUGACUAUAAGAGUGACCUGUGGUCAUUGGGAAUCACAGCCAUUGAGAUGGCGGAAGGAGCCCCACCUCUUUGUGAUAUGCACCCAAUGAGAGCCCUGUUUCUGAUCCCUAGAAGCCCGGCUCCCAGGCUCAAGUCCAAGAAGUGGUCUAAAAAGUUCCAGUCAUUCAUUGAGAGCUGUCUGGUGAAAAACCACAACCAGAGGCCCAGCACAGAGCAUCUCAUCAAACAUCCCUUUAUCCGAGAACUGCCCAACGAGAGACAGAUCCGCAUUCAGCUCAAGGACCACAUCGACCGCACCAAGAAGAAGAGAGGCGAGAAAGAUGAGACGGAGUACGAGUACAGCGGGAGUGAAGAAGAGGAGGAGGAAAACGACAUGGGAGAGCCCAGCUCCAUCAUUAACAUACCCGGAGAGUCCACUCUGAGGCGGGAUUUCUUACGGCUGCAGCUGGCCAAUAAGGAACGAUCAGAGGCCCUGCGCAGACAGCAGCUGGAACAGCAGCAGAACGAGGGACACAAGCACCAGCUACUGGCAGAGAGACAGAAACGCAUCGAGGAACAAAAAGAACAGAGGCGCCGAUUAGAAGAGCAACAGCGGCAUGAGCGUGAGCUCAGGAAGAAGCUGGAGAGGGAUCAGAGACAUCGCUAUGAGGAGCAGCUCCGUCGAGAGGAGGAGAGGAGACAGGCCGAAAGGGAGCAGGAGUAUAUUCGUCGUCAGUUGGAAGAGGAACAGAGACAGCUCGAGAUCCUGCAGCAACAGCUUUUGCAAGAGCAGGCGCUCCUACUGGAGUAUAAACGUAAACAAGUGGAGGAACAGAGACAGGCAGAGAGACUGCAGAGACAGCUCCAUCAAGAGAGGGCUUACCUUGUCUCUCUUCAACAACAGCAGCAGCAGCAACAGCAAGACUCCAGACCUGCAGAGAAGAAGCAACUCUAUCAUUAUAAAGAUCCAGUCAACCCAAGUGAUAAACCUGCCUGGGCCAAAGAGGUCCAUGGCCGGCCCUUGAAACAGAGCCAACCCAUCAACCACAAGCCUUCCUCAUCCUCCUCAUCCCCAUCCCGUCAGCGUCACGUCCCUCACCGGAGCCCCUCAGACCCCACUAGAAUGCUUCCCCCUAUUAGAGAACAGGUCGCCAAGCAUUUACAUCACAGGAAGCACCAGCAGCCCAGCUUCCGUGUCUCAGGACAGCAAGAGAGUCGAGAAAAGAUUAGCCAGCAGGUGCGACAGCAUAGGGCCUUCCAAAAGGCUGGGCAGGAGGCCGGCAGAUGCAAGCCCAACCCAGUGAUCACUAAAGCGGUUGAGGAGCGCUCUAAACUGAACCGCCAGAGUUCUCCUGCCCUGCAGCAUAAAGUGGCUAACCGUAUCUCCGACCCUUCCCUUCCUCCACGCUCAGAGUCCUUUGGCAGUGGGGGAAUUCAGCCGGCACGAACCCCUCCUGUGCACCGCCCUGUGGAGCCUCAGAUGGCUCAUUUGGUUCCAGUGAGAUCCCAUAGCUCCUCUCUGUCAGUCUCUCAGUCUUUGCAUGAUCAAUCUGCCAAGGGCGUUUCAGCCUUCCAGGAGAGCCUGGUUUCCCAUCGGCCAGAGAUGCCACGGCAGAACUCUGACCCGACUUCAGAGAUGCCCCCUCCGGCCCCCCGCAUGGCCAGCCGUGAAGAAAAGCCUGACCGCAGUUCCCCCUGGCUAAUGGAAGAAGACAUUCCUCCAAAGUUGUGCGGUACUACCCAGGUUCCUCAGCGGACCACAUCUAUCUCCCCUGCUCUUGUGAGGAAGAACUCUCCUGGGAACGGAGAGUCCAGUGGAGGGGGGCGAGCGCCCCCCCAGCUCAUCCGCACCAGUAAUCCAGACCUGAGGAGGACAGAGUUGUCCCUGGAUGUGGCUCUGCAGAGAACCAGCAGUAACAGUUCAUCCAGCUCCAGCACACCCAGCUCUCAGGGCGGCUCGCAGCCUGGAUCCAGUGAGAGGAACCAGCCGAAAGACACUGGGAAAUCAGAAGGAUCUCCAGUGGCAAUACAGGAGACUUCGAAACCCAUUCAGGAGGAAAACAGAGAGUUGAACAAACCUGGUCGACCUGCGGAUCUGACUGCACUGGCUAAAGAACUGAGAGAGUUGCGAAUCGAUGAAAUCAACCGGCCGCCCCUUAAACUGACCGACUACUCCUCCUCCAGUGAGGACUCAGAGAGCAGCGAGGAUGAGGAUGGCACUGUGGGGCAUGAUGGCACUGUGUCAGUCAGUGACAUCCCCAGGAUCAUGCCCUCUGCUCAGGGAAAUAAUGAGUCUUUCACAAGCAGCUGUGAUGAGUCCUUCGGCGACUCCUACAAUGAUGAGUCUAAGGAUGGCACCCUACGAAUGAAAGACACCAAUGAGAAGCAGCGCUUGGGACACAGCGAGAGCAAUGGUUUCGCAGGCCAUGGGAACCUCCCAGACCUGGUGCAGCAGAGCCACUCCCCAUCAGGAACUCCAACAGGCCUCAAUUCCCAGGACCUGGAAUCUAUGGAUGAGUUUGGUCAUGGAGGUGGUUCGAAAGCUUCUUUCACUCCUUUUGUGGACCCACGUGUGUAUCAGACCUCCCCCACAGAUGACAACGAUGAGUGCUCAGCAGCCGCUUUGUUUGCUAAUGAGCUGUUGCGUCAGGAACAGGCCAAACUGAACGAGGCUCGCAAGAUCUCUGUGGUCAAUGUCAACCCCACCAACAUCAGACCUCACAGUGACACUCCAGAGAUCCGCAAGUACAAGAAGCGCUUCAACUCCGAGAUCCUGUGUGCUGCUCUAUGGGGUGUGAACCUCUUGGUGGGCACUGAGAACGGUUUAAUGCUGCUGGACCGCAGCGGUCAGGGCAAGGUGUAUAACCUCAUCACUCGCCGGCGCUUCCAACAGAUGGAGGUGCUGGAGGGUCUGAAUGUCCUGGUCACCAUAUCAGGGAAGAAAAACAAGCUACGUGUCUACUACUUGUCAUGGCUGAGAAACAGGAUACUGCACAACGAUCCGGAGGUAGAGAAGAAACAGGGCUGGAUCACUGUUGGGGAACUGGAAGGCUGUAUUCACUAUAAAGUUGUGAAAUACGAGAGAAUCAAAUUUCUGGUGAUCGCACUGAAGAGCUCUGUGGAGAUUUAUGCAUGGGCCCCCAAGCCGUACCAUAAAUUCAUGGCUUUCAAGUCAUUCACAGAGCUGCAGCACAGGCCUCAGCUGGUGGACCUGACUGUAGAAGAGGGUCAGAGGUUAAAGGUCAUUUAUGGCUCUAGUGUGGGCUUUCAUGUCAUAGAUGUGGAUUCUGGAAACCCUUAUGACAUCUACGUACCAUCACAUAUCCAGAGCAGUGUGACUCCUCAUGCCAUUGUGGUGCUUCCCAAGACUGAUGGCAUGGAGAUGCUGCUGUGUUAUGAAGAUGAGGGCGUUUAUGUCAACACCUAUGGCAGAAUCACCAAGGACGUGGUCUUGCAGUGGGGAGAGAUGCCCACCUCUGUUGCUUAUAUCCACUCCAACCAGAUCAUGGGCUGGGGAGAGAAAGCCAUAGAGAUCCGCUCUGUUGAAACGGGCCAUCUGGAUGGUGUUUUCAUGCACAAGCGAGCUCAGAGACUUAAAUUCCUCUGCGAGAGGAAUGACAAGGUGUUCUUUGCCUCGGUCCGAUCAGGCGGUAGCAGUCAAGUGUUCUUCAUGACACUGAACAGGAACUCUUUGAUGAACUGGUGAAGCUCCUGCAGACCCAACACUCUGGAGCCUUUUUCUUGUCAGGAUUGCAUCUGUGAGCGCACGGUACAUUGACACUUUGGUCUGAAAAAGAUUAGAAAAUAUUAGAGACUCUUGAGGAGUGAGUUUGGAGACAUGGGUCUGUCCCGUAGGAAGAGCGCUGGCUCUGCACACGACUCAUCAUGGAGGCGCAGUAUCUGACGUCACCUGCAGUGGCACACAGUUCCCAGAAGAGGGGGCUGAUUAACUUGAACUUGGUUUUAGACCUUAUCUGUGGCCUCUGGUAAAGCCUGUUCUUUUAGGGUCCUCCCGUUUACGUUCCUGUCCCUGGUUUCCCAUUGGUUUUGAUUGACUUUUCUUUCAGUUUCCUAUGAAUUUUAGUCAAUUGCAUGAUUGUAAAGAAUUGGACAAUAUUUAAAAGAUAACAAAUGUGGGGAUAACAUUAGCAAGCACUCAGGCUAAGACCAAGCUUUAGUCUCUUAAUGUUUCACUUUUAAAUAUUGGCGAACACUUCUGCAAGUUUCACAAAUAUCUGUGAUGCCUGUUUUUGUCCGAUAUCUCAAAAGAGAACGAAAUGCUCAACAAAAAAAAAAGGAAAAAAAAAAGAAAACAAUAACACUGGUGCUCAUUCGUAUAUUGUCAACAAGAUCCAUAUACUGUACAUUUAUCCAAAGUACUGUUUCUCAAAGUAUAGUUGAGUUUGUUUUAUAGCUUUGAGGUUGGAAGUACGGGGCCGAACGGAUCAUGAACGCAUCUUUAAGUUGCAUACCAUGCUUUGAAUUCUUUCUCUGGUCCUUUUUGGAAUGUUUGAAACACGAAGGAACAAAAGCACGAAGAGAGAAAUCUAGUCAUGCGUGGAAGAAAGCGGUCCUCAUCACUGGUUGCAUGUUUGUGGGACACCUGGAUCAGAUGUUGUGUGAUGUGUGUGUCAGAGCUACAUGAUAUCUGAGAUCAACAAAAAAUAAAAAUAAAAAAAAAUAGAAAGAAAAAGGAUAAAAUAGAAAAGCACCUGUAUUUCAGUGACGACUGAGAAUUGAUGAUACAUUUAUUUCUAUUACAUUAUAGUGCCUAGCACAAAUUAACAUGUGUGAAAUCAAUCUUUAGAGGCUCUUUGAUUUUCAAUUUUUGCAUCUUGUAUUCCUACGCCAUAACUCUCGUUUCAGCCAUCAUUUUAGGCUGCAAGUCUCACUUCUCAAGCUGUAGCUUCUUUCUUUUACGUUGACACAAUGUCUAAUCAGUCAAAUGGCGCUCGAAACAUUCCAAAAAGGGAAAAGGGUCUUCAUCUGACAAUUAUGUGGUACUCCGAAUUCAGUCUCUUAGACAGAAAUAUCACAAAUGUAGAAACUUGUUGGUACAGAACUACUACAGUAGGUCAACUGAUAUUAACCAUAAUGUAUUGUCCAUUAGAUCUGUUUUUAAGUUUAUUGCUUCUGUUUUGGGUUAUAUGUUUGCCUGGGUCUUCAGUUCAAUGCUUUAGAUGUUCUUAAAGUCACUUGAUGUUUGCACACUAUAUAGAUAUUUAUAUUUCUUUCACAUCUCUUACAUAGCAAAAGAAGAUAUUUUAAUGGUGAGGGAAUGCGAGGUUUUUAGCAAUAAUGUCCUGCUGAUGUAUGUAUGUAUGCUGUGUGAAACACUGUGUUCGGCCAGUGCUGGGGAACAACCUCACUGAGCUCUUUUAAUUAACUACUUAAUUUGACACUCAAGAAUGGUUACUUAAUGUGUCUGUCUUAAUACGUUUUUAAUGAUCGUCGAAGCUGUAAACAAGAUUUUCAUUUCUUUUAUGGUGAUAGAAGCACUAGUAUGUCCUCCUUUUCUUUUUUUUCUUUUAUGAUGAGACAAAAUAAACAAAUAAGUACCUUUU